AUGACAACUCAACCCCGUCUGAAGCUCGCCCUCAUCGGCCUCGGCCGGCUGGGUGCCAUCCGUGCUCGUAUAAUCGCCUUCCAACAGCCUCGCAUCGAGUUCGUCGCUGCCUGCGACACAAAACCCGACAGCGACGAGUGGGCGAAGGACAAUCUCCCAUCUACUGUCAAGUUCUUCGCAGACCCAGAGGACUGUAUGAGGAAUAGCGGCGCCGAGGCCGUUCUCAUUUCCACUGCCACCGCUACCCAUGCUCCUCUGAUUAUCAAAGCUCUUGACUUGGGGCUGCAUGUUAUGUGCGAGAAGCCAAUCUCGGUGGAUGUCAUCACUACCAAGGAGGUUCUGGCCAAGGCUGCGUCCAAACCGAAUCUCAAGUUCUUGGUUCCUUUCUGUCGGCGAUAUGAUGAAUCAUACCGUAAUGCGAAGCAGAUGAUCCAGAGCAACUCCCUAGGUGAGAUCCAUGCAAUUGAGACCACCUGCCUUGAUCAGCAAGACCCUACAGGCUUCUUCGUCUCCUUCUCCGCCCAAUCCGGCGGCAUCUUCGUCGACAUGGGCGUCCACGAUAUCGACAUCGGCCGCUACUACCUCGACGUAAAAUCCAACCUCCCCAACCCCAAAAAGCAAGUGAACCGCGUCAUCGCCAUGGGCCAACAAGCCGUCUACAGCGAACUAUCCAAAUACGGCGACUGCGACAACGGCUGGGGCCUGGUUGAGUUCGCCAACGGGAAAAUCCUAACUACACAUCUCGGGCGCACACUCACGAACGGCUUCGAGGGGACGACGCGCGUGUGCGGGACGAAGGGCCACGCUGUUAUUAAUGGGGAUUCGACGAUUGACCGGGUGGAGGUGAGGGAUGGGCAUGGGGUAAGGACUGCGACGACGCCGGAUGCGUUUGUGCUCUAUGAUCGGUCGUUUAUCAAUGAUUUGGAUGAGUUUGCGGCGGCGGUGCUUGAUGGGAUGGAGUUGAGUUGUUCUCCUGAGGAUGCGUAUGAGGCGGCGAAGAUUGCGACGGCGUUGCAGUUUUCGUUUAGGAAUGGGGUUCCGGUUUACUUUGAUGAGGAGGGGGUUCCGAUUAUGAAGGCUUGA